CAACACGUAACAAAGUAGACAGGAAGCGAGUGAACGUUUAUUACGCUGCUGCUUCUCUGACACAAACUGACCGAAAACACGAAAACACGGAGAUCUUCAUCCAAUGGCUGGAUCCAGAGACACAGCGACGAGCCCGGAAUAAAGGUUGCUAUGGAGACGGGAAGCAUUUCAUCACACUCAGUGUCAGUCAUCUCCAGUAAUGAAUCCCAGCUCCUCCUCCGCCCGCUGUGAGGGUCAGUCUCCUGCAGAUGACUUCAUGGAUGACUGGCUCUUUCUCUCCUCCGACACUGUCGGGCCUCAGCGCCUGGAAGUGAGCCGGGAAGAUCAGGCGACAGAGGACAAAGGCAAACUGAAAUCCAAACUGAUUUCAGCAUGGAACAGCGUCAAAUACGGAUGGUCUUUAAAGCAGAAAUCCAAAUUCAGCAAAAGCUCUCCCGUGAUCAUGCUGGGACAAUCCUACGAGCUCAGCGAUCAAGAGGACAGAGAUCGUUUCUGGCGCUCCUUCUCGUCUCUGCUGUGGUUGACGUACAGACGUGGUUUCCCUCCGCUGGCGGGGGGCUCCCUGACCACCGACAGCGGCUGGGGUUGUGUGCUACGUACGGGGCAGAUGCUGCUUGCACAGGGCCUCCUCCUGCACCUGAUGCCUCCAGGUUGGACAUGGAGCCACCAUGCGGUCAGAGACGACAUGGACCUGCAGCGUGGGCUGAAAUCAAAGGGAGGACCCGUCAAGAGGGAACGAAAACUGAGCUUGGACUCCCACCUGAACAGACCGAUGGAGGCUUCACACAGGAGGGUGGUGUCGUGGUUUGCAGACCAUCCUACAGCCCCUUUUGGGAUACACAACCUGGUGGAGUUGGGCAAAAGCUCAGGGAAGAAGGCCGGGGACUGGUAUGGACCUUCUAUCGCGGCACAUAUCAUCCGGAAAGCCGUGGCAGCGUCGGCAGACAUUCCCAAUCUCGUCGUGUACGUUGCACAAGAUUGUACAAUCUACUUGGAGGACGUGAGGGCGUUGUGCGAGCGGCCUCCUCCUCAGCCUUGGAAGUCCGUCAUCAUCCUGGUUCCUGUGCGACUUGGAGGACAAGAUCUCAAUCCGUCCUACAUCACCUGUGUCAAAAAACUGUUGACGUUACAAUGCUGUAUUGGAAUCAUCGGAGGCAAACCGAAGCACUCUUUGUUCUUUGUCGGCUUCCAGGAUGACCAUCUCCUGUACUUGGACCCUCACUACUGUCAGCCCACAGUGGAUAUAACGAAAAAGGACUUUCCCUUGGAGUCGUUUCACUGUAAAUAUCCGAGGAAAAUGUCUUUCUCUCGCAUGGAUCCGAGCUGCACCAUCGGAUUCUACGCUAAAAGCCAAAAAGACUUUGAAGCACUGUGCGCAGCUGUUCACGAGGUCGUCUCCACGUCUGCAGAGACGUACCCCAUGUUCAUAUUCUCGGAAGGAAAAAGUCAGAGCGACGAGCGAGGCAACACACCCACGAACAACAUCACCUACAUCCAGAGGAAGAAAGAGUCUAAGAAGAACGAACGCAGACGAGUCGACACGAGCAGCAGCAUGGACGAGUUCGUUCUGUUAUGAAUAGAAGAAGAAGAAUGUUACACUGUGGCAACUACUGAGCACAACGUCCACGAGCUGUGAACUGAAGUAAAAAGAAGUGACACUACUAGAUUUUUAUCGCUGUUUUGUUUUUUGUAUUUUUAUUUGUUUUAUUAAAUUAAGAUCAUUUAACUGGAGGAUGACGGCUGUUCUUCUGUAUUUCUGUUUCUCCACGAGCUCAUGUUCGUUUUAUUUAAUCGAUUCAGCGUGAAAUAAAAUAUAAUAGUAAUAAUAUAUUUCUCUAUUUAGAGACAAGCUUAAGGGCAGAAGAUACAGACUGUUACUGUUUGAUGUCAUGUGACAGGAUGUACGGCCUCUGAAUGGAUUAUAAAACUGGAUUCUUGUAAACAUGUGACUCGCACGAGAGACAAAAAGCAUCAGGAGAAGAAGUCAAAAUAUCGAAUGAGCUGUCUUUUAUCUGAAUAAAGAGUUUAUGAACAAA